ACCAUCCAUAGAGAGCACACAGCCAAAGAAAGAAGAGCAACAAGCAAGAAAAAAAACUUAACUAAGGAAAGAAAUGAGGCUUAGAGGGAGUGUUUGGGGAGGGUUUCUUGUUACUUCAUCAUCAUUUGUGUUUGCUUUAAUGGCUGUGGUGAAAGGGGAUCCAUUGGUGCCCUCUCUGUGCAUCUUUGGAGACUCAGUGGUUGAUGCUGGAAACAACAACUUCUUGAACACAUUGAUCAAGGCAAACUUCCCUCCCUAUGGAAGAGACUUUGCCAAUCACACCCCCACUGGAAGGUUCUGCAAUGGCAAACUGGCCACAGAUUUCACUGCUGAGUUUCUAGGAUUCACAUCAUAUCCACCUGCUUACCUCAGCCAGGAAGCUAAUUAUGGAAACAACAUUCUUGGUGGUGCCAACUUCGCAUCUGCCGCUUCUGGUUACUAUGACCGCACUCCUCAACUAUAUCACGCCAUCACACUUGAACAGCGGUUGGGGUACUACAAGGAGUGGAUGAACAGAGUUGUGAGCUUGGCAGGGAGGGAUAAGGGCAAAACCGUAAUCUCAGAUGGAAUCCAGGUUGUGAGUGCAGGGACUAGUGAUUUCAUCCAGAAUUACUACAUUAAUCCAAUGCUUAAUAGAGCUUACACUCCUGAUCAGUUCUCUAAUCUCCUCAUCUGUUCAUACGCUCGCUUCAUUCAGAGUCUAUAUGGUUUGGGAGCCAGGAGGAUUGGAGUGACAAAUUUACCCCCAAUGGGUUGCUUGCCCGCGUCGAUUACGUUGUUCGGUGGGGGAAGCAACGGGUGCAUUGAGAGGAUGAAUGAAGACGCAGUUUCCUUCAACACAAAGCUGAAGAGUGCAUCCCAAAGCUUAAAGAAUAAGCUCCCUGGCCUCAAACUUGUUGUCUUUGACAUCUACAACCCACUGCUCCAACUCAUCAAAACCCCAUCCCAAGACGGGUUUUUAGAGUCAAGGAAAGCAUGUUGUGGGACGGGGAUGGUGGAGACGUCGUACUUUUGCAACGCGAGAUCGAUAGGGACGUGCUCGAACGCGACGGGAUAUGUGUUCUGGGACGGGUUCCAUCCCUCCCAAGCUGCUAAUCUGAUCCUUGCACAGACCCUUCUGUCCCAAGGCUUAGACCUCAUCUCUUAAAUGUAUUAGUGUACUAAUUAACAUGUUACUGUGUGUGAAUUGGUUAUUAUGUUGUGUGUAGGGUGGUUUAAGUGAUACUAUUUGAUUAUCAUGUUUGAACAUGAUACAUUAAUGUUCAUCUAUUUAAUUUUUGAAUUUCUUGCUGCUUUUUAUUUUAUUUUAUAAAGAGAAUAAUAUUUGGUUUAUGUUUUGUUGCAUGGAUGAAUAGGGUAGUCAAAUGAAUUUUAGGUGUCAUU